AUGCGCAUUCGUCGCGUCGCAGCACUUAUAAUUAUUGCGUUCAGUCGACCGGCCUCAUGUAAUCUCGAACAAACGGAGUUAUACGUAGGCAAAAUGAGUGUUGAAAAUCCAGCCAGUGAUGAUGGUGAUUCAGGAAAAGUAAAUGGAAAUAAAAGUGAACACGUGAACGGCAUUCAAAACGGAUACAGCAGCUCCGAGAAGCACAAAAGCAGCCACAAAUCAUCCAGUAAAGAUAAACAUCGCGACAAAGAACGUGACCACAAAAGCUCGAAACAUAGCAGCAGUUCAAGCAGAGACAAAGAUAAGGAUCGUCAUUCGAGCAGUAAAAAUCAUAGCAGCUCCCACAAGUCAUCCAGUAAAGACAAAGAACGGGAUAGGGAUCACAGAGACGACAAACAUAAGGAUAGAGAAAGAUCUGACAAAGAUAGGGACAGGCACAAGAGCGACAAGGACAGACAUAGGGAUAGGAGCGAGAAGGAUAGAGAUAGAAGUGAAAAAGACAAACAUAAGUCCAGUAACGGCGAGAAGAAGUCUUCAAAGGAACAUUCAUCCUCAUCAAGGGACAAAGAUAAAUCAAAGGAUGCAGACAAACAGAGGGACCACGAUAAAGACAGAAGUUACAAAGAAAAACAUAGAAGCGACAAAGACAGACACUCCAGCUCGAAAGAGAAACACAGUUCCAGUAAAAGUAAGGAAAAAAGUAGCUCUGAAAAAAAUGACAAAGUCAAAUUGGAAGAGGAUUAUCAAAAUUCAUCGGUGAAACAGGAAUACAUGGAGGUUGAUGAGCCAGCAGUUAAGAGGGAAAUGAAAUCUGAAAGCGAUGAUGGCUAUGGUGCGAUGAUGGCUAUGGCUCAUAAUACAACUGUUUCAUCGUGUGACUACUCACUGUCACAGUUCAAAGAUGAACCUUUGUCGGAAAUGCCCCUUGAAGAAGAUAGUGCAUCAGGCGGAGAGGAAGAUGUACCACUGUUAGAGCGUAAGGCAAUCAAGAAAAGGGCUAUUAGUGAGAGUGAAGAAGACACACCGCUGUUACAACGGAAGAAACAGAAAAAGAAAGUGAAAAAAGAAAAUUAUGAUGACUAUGAUGAUGAAGAAUCGCAACAGAAAAAGAAGGCUAAGAAAUCAAAAUCUACUAAAAGCAUCAAGACUGAAGCUGAUGAUGGCCCGAGUCCCAACAAACGGAAGAAAAAAGAAAAUGAGGAACAGGAAGUCUGGAAAUGGUGGGAAGAAUCAAAAACGGACGAUGGUACUAAGUGGCAUUUUCUCGAACACAAAGGUCCCCUGUUUGCACCCCUAUAUGAACCGCUGCCAGAAAACGUUAAAUUUCGCUAUGACGGCAAAGUUGUGCGGCUGUCGCAGGACAGCGAAGAAGUGGCCGGCUUCUACGCCCGUAUGUUAGACCACGACUACACCACUAAAACUGUAUUCAAUACGAACUUUUUCAAUGAUUGGCGCAAGGUCAUGACAAAUGAUGAAGCGAAAUUAAUCAAAGAUCUCUCAAAAUGCGACUUUAAAGAAAUGCAAGCAUAUUUCCAAAGUGUGUCAGAAAAGAAUAAGAAUCGGAGUAAAGAAGAGAAAGCAGCACUCAAAGCAAAGAAUGAAGAGAUCCAAAAGGAAUAUGGUUUUUGUACUAUUGAUGGACAUAAAGAAAAAAUUGGUAAUUUUAGAAUAGAACCUCCCGGCCUCUUUAGGGGUAGAGGUGAACAUCCCAAGAUGGGAAUGUUGAAGAGGCGUGUGAUGCCUGAAGACGUCAUUAUCAACUGUUCAAAAGACAGCAAGAUACCCAAACCACCGGCUGGUCACAAAUGGAAGGAAGUCAGACAUGACAAUACUGUAACAUGGUUGGCUUCAUGGACGGAAAAUGUUCAACAGCAAGCCAAGUAUGUCAUGUUAAAUCCCAGCUCAAAAUUGAAGGGCGAAAAGGAUUGGCAGAAAUAUGAAACUGCAAGAAACCUGCACAAAUGUAUCGAUAAAAUAAGAGAGACAUAUAAGUCAGAUUGGAAAGCUAAAGAGAUGCGCGUCCGUCAACGUGCCGUAGCUCUGUAUUUCAUUGAUAGACUGGCUUUGAGAGCCGGUAAUGAGAAGGAUGAUGACCAGGCUGAUACAGUCGGUUGCUGUUCCCUCCGCGUCGAGCAUAUUGAAUUGCACAAAGAGAAAGAUGGAAAGGAAUUUGUGGUUGUGUUUGAUUUUCUUGGUAAAGACUCUAUUAGAUAUUACAAUGAGGUGCCAGUAGAAAAACGUGUUUUUAAGAAUCUCGAGAUUUUCAUGGAAAAUAAAAAGGAUAGUGAUGAUCUGUUUGACAGAUUGAACACACAGACUCUGAAUGAACAUUUGAAAGAAUUGAUGCCAGGGCUGACGGCUAAAGUUUUCCGUACCUACAACGCGUCCAUAACAUUACAAAGACAACUGGAAGAGCUCACUGACCCUGAUGCAACUAUUCCUGAGAAAAUAUUAGCUUAUAACAGAGCAAAUCGAGCUGUUGCGAUACUUUGUAACCAUCAGCGUGCAGUCCCCAAAGGUCAUUCAAAGUCAAUGGAAGCAUUGAAAGAAAAAAUUCAAGCUAAAAGAGACCAGGUUGAUGAGGCUGAAGCUGAUUAUAGAGAUGCAGCGAAGGCGGCUAAACGAGGCUCGGUGAAAGAAAAGUUAGCUUGUGACAAGAAGAAGAAGGCGCUCGAGCGGUUAAAGGAGCAACUAAAGAAAUUGGAGCUUCAAGAAACAGAUCGUGAUGAAAACAAAACAAUAGCCCUCGGAACCUCCAAACUCAACUAUCUUGAUCCAAGGAUCUCAGUCAGCUGGUGCAAGAAACACGGUGUACCAAUCGAAAAAAUAUACAAUAAAACACAACGUGAUAAAUUCCGAUGGGCGAUUGAUAUGGCCGGGCCCGACUACAUUUUCUAG